GAAUAUCUCUUCAAGUUACCCUUUCCCAGAAGCGCGCUCCAGAGCCUUGAUGGUCCGUCCCUGAUACACUCUUUACACCCUUCCAUGCUCUCUCUCUCUUUUCGGCCGUUGAGGAGCACGCUUGUUCCAGCCGUCCAGCGCACAUUAGCUCAGCAAGCCUCCCCGUCGGCACACAUCCGGCCCAUCAUGGGCGAUCUGAACAACACAGGGGCCGCAAGAGAGCGCAUAGUUCCUACUGUCGACCCGUCAUACAAGUUUCGCUCGUUUGCAAUAAGCCUACGCGAUGACGACCCCGUCGUGCGGGAAAAAUAUCGUCCAUUCCUCAUAAGCGACGCGGUGCAUGAAUCCGACUGGAUUGCGAAGCUUGAACUUGCCACGGUGGCCGAAAUGGUUGAAAGAGAGAUUCUCUCCAAGGGAAAGGACAGGCUGCGCGUUCUCGUGCUGUAUGGAAGUCUCCGGUCACGAUCAUACUCGAAAUUGCUAGCAUAUGAAGCCUCUCGCAUCCUCUUCCGCCUUGGCUGUGACGUGCGAGUGUAUGAUCCUGCCGGCCUGCCGGUCAAGGACGAUGUCCAGCACAAUCACCCAAAGGUGCAAGAGCUCCGUGAGCUCAGCAAGUGGAGCGAUGGCCACGUCUGGGUGACCCCGGAGCAACACGGCAACCUGACGGCCGUCUUCAAGAACCAGAUCGACUGGAUCCCGCUCUCGACGGGGUCAGUCCGGCCUACGCAGGGCAGGACGCUGGCCAUUGCCCAGGUCAACGGGGGAUCGCAGUCCUUCAAUGCUGUCAACUCGCUGCGCAUACUGGGCCGAUGGAUGAGGAUGUUUACCAUACCCAACCAGAGCUCCGUCCCCAUGGCCUGGACGCACUUUACCGAUGCUGAUGACCCGGCAGAAGGGGGGAGCCGUUUCAAGCCCAGUUCCAACAGAGACAGGCUGGUGGACUGCAUGGAGGAGUUUGUCAAAUAUACCAUCGUCAUGCGGCCGCAUUUCGACCUUUUCGGAGACCGGUUUAGCGAACGGAAUGACGUGAAGGGAGCGAGCUAAUUAGUGGCCUUUGAUGGCGAUACUGGCGAUGCUUUAGAGUGCUUACUAGUAACUACCUGAAGUAUCAAGCGGUGGAACACUUAUCCUCAAAACUCCCCUUACCCUGUUUGAACGCUACCGUCUAGUAGU